AUGGCCUGCAAUAGCGCCGAUGUAGUGUUUGGCCCCCGAGUCAACACCGCCUGUCGCGCCUUUGACUUUACCCUCUACUUCGAGGAUAUCUUCUUCGCGUGCGUGCCAGCCGCAAUAGUACUUUUACUUUGCCUUGUGGAGUUGUGGCUGCUGCGGAACGAGCCUCGCCGAGUUCAGCGAUCCGCGCUACUAGGUUGCAAGCUGGGAGUUCUCGGGGCCCUUUUUGCGUGCCAACUUGCGUUUAUCCUCAUCCGACAGUUGCAGUCCCCCGACGUACAUACCAAUGUCUCACUGGCAGCAGACGUAGUGGAGCUGGUCGCCGUCAUCAGCGCUGCGAUCCUCUCAUAUUUCCACCACUGUCGGUCAAUUAGACCUUCAACGCUGCUCGUACUGUUCCUCUCGGUUCGCUCACUGCUGGGGGUGGCUCGUAUGAGAACGCUAUGGCUCAUCCACACAGCCAACAACGCGGCCAUCCCAUUUACGGUGGGAUUCGUUUUCACCCUGCUGUCGAUGGUCAUAGAAUCCACAGGAAAAGAGAAGAGCCUGAUCGCAAAUAUAGUGAAGCCUGCAACGCCAGAGCCCUUUAGUGGCUUCUGGAAGCGUGCUAGUUUCGCGUGGCUCGCUGGGACAUUCCGCCAGGGUUAUGUGAAAGUCUUGUCUGUUCACGAUCUCCCAGAGCUGGACCCCGACCUCAACAGUCAAAUUGUUGCACAGAAGCUGCAGUACAGCUGGAAGCAAGUUGCGUAUCUCUCUCCAUUUCUUGCGGGUGUCCUGCCCCGUCUCUUGAAGUCGGGUUUCACGUUCUGCCAGCCAUUCCUCAUUAACGCAACAGUGUCGUGGGUUGAAAAUUCGGAAGCAUCGAUGAAUUCUGGGAAGGGACUUAUUGGAGCAUAUGCUUUGGUCUACGUGGGACUGACUAUAUCCACCGCCCUUUAUGGCUACUACACCUUCCGUGCAACCAUCCGUCUUCGAGGGGGCCUGAUAUCCCUAAUUCACAAGCAAACGGUAAAUGCCAGAGCAGUGGAUCUAGGGGAGACUACAGCAAUUACCUUAAUGGGUACCGACGUGGAGCGUAUAGCAAGCGGGUUCCGGGAGGUUCACGAGCUAUGGGGGUGCCCGAUUGACAUAGGUAUUGCGGUUUACCUACUAGAGCGACAGGUAGGCGUGGCCUGCCUCGUUCCAAGCGUGAUUGCGAUUGCUUUCAUACUGGCCACUUUCAAGUUGUCUACAGUCAGCAAUAGGUUUCAGCGACGGUGGAUUGAAAAGGUCGAGGAACGGCUACGUUUGACUUCCUAUGCGUUGCAAAGUAUCAAAGCUGUCAAGAUGCUGGGCCUAUCAGAUAAGGUCUUUUCAAUCAUCAAGCGAUUGCGCUCUGCUGAGAUUGCUACUUCGGCUAUGUUCCGCAAGUUGCUUGUCGGAGUCAUUGUCCUGUCUAACUCACCUGCUGACCUGGCUCCUAUGGCGACUUUUGUGGUGUAUAUCAUCAUCGCCCUAGUCCGACAUGACAACUCGAUCCUGGCCGCGCAAGCAUUUACCUCGCUCUCAUUGAUAUCCCUAAUAACAACGCCGAUUCUGAGUUUUAUUCAGGCCGUGCCGUCUGUGAUUCAGUGCUUGGGCUGCCUAGACAGGAUUCAAGAAUAUGCCAGUGUACGUGGCAUACACGAUGACGAUGAAAACUAUAACAAAGCGACUUCAGAAAAGAACGAUAGUUCAAUCAGUCUCCAGCUCAUUCCCAAAUCUGCUAUGACGGAAAAGGAUUUGGUGAAAUUCUCUAACUUUAGUGUCGGAUGGAAGAAGGUGGCACCGCCAGUCCUACGUGAGAUGCAGUUGAAUAUCCAGCACGGCAGCAUCACCAUUAUUGUCGGACCUAUCGGUAGUGGCAAAUCCACACUACUGGAGAGCAUUCUUGGAGAGACAGUUGGUAUGGGUGGUGGAGUGGAGAGAAGUAUUUCUCUCGUUGGCUAUUGCUCUCAAACACCAUGGUUGCAAAGCGAUACCAUUCGCAGCAAUAUUAUUGGCGCGUCUAUGAUUGACAUGGUCUGGUAUGCAACGGUAGUAUCUGCCUGUGGGCUGGACAAAGACUUGGCUCAACUUUCUCAUGGAGAUCAAACGCCGGUUGGUAAUAACGGUCUGACGAUCAGUGGCGGGCAGAAGCAGCGCAUUGCAUUAGCUCGAUCUCUCUACUCGCGAUGCAAGGUCCUUUUACUGGAUGACGUCUUUAGCGGCAUCGACGCGACCACUACGGAAUUUAUCACUUCCAAUCUAUUUGGUCCACAGGGUCUCUUUCGCAAGCUCCAGUUAACGGUAGUGCUUGCCACACACUCUGGCUUUCUCCUCCCUUACGCGGACAAUAUCCUCGUCCUUACUGAUGGGCGCAUCGUUGAUACUGGCAGCCUGAAUAGUCUUCAAUCCAGCAACACUUAUAUCCAGGGGCUGAAAACUACUCUACCAGCCCCUCUUAUCACAAAUGAGAUAAAUGGGACGCCUCCUAGUCUCCAGGUCUCUGAUGAUGAGACUAAGAACGUGGAUUCGGAUGACGUCGAACUACUCGAUCAUGCAUCAUUGACCGAUCCCACCCGCCAGGCUGGAGAUUUCUCUGUUUAUGCUUAUUAUGCGUCAGCAUCAGGUCGUAUGGCAGUUAUUAUUUCUCUUGGCCUGAUCCUAUGCUGGUCCUUCUGCCGCGAGUUUUCUAGCUUCGCAGCAAUCUGGUUGGAUAUGUGGACGGCGGCCAAUGCUCAAAGUCCCAACUCCAGGGUGGGAAUGUAUAUCGGUGUCUAUAUCACGCUGGGGAUAGCUGGACUAAUCUUCAUGACUGCUGCUUGCUGGCUUCUAUUUGUUCAUAUUGUGUCUAAGUCAGCACUCCGACUACAUGAUGAUCUGGCAACCAGUACGAUGAGGGCACCAUUCCAUUUCUUUCACAAGGUCGAUGUCGGCAGUAUAACCAACCGAUUUAGCCAGGAUAUGGAUCUCAUCGACAUGAGUCUUCCACUGGAAGCUGUGAACUUCCUAGCCGCCUGCUGCACAUGCAUUGUCAAGGUUGUAAUUCUAGCCGCAUUUGCCAAGUACCUGGGCAUCGUCAUUCCAUUCCUAGCCAUCCUCGUCUACAUGAUACAGAAAUUCUAUCUGCGAACCUCUCGUCAGCUUCGACUCCUAGACAUUGAGGCAAAAGCACCGCUUUACACUCACUUCCUCGAACUUGUCAGUGGUGCAGCGACAGUCCGCGCGUUUCAGUGGAACGGGGCAUUCAAUGCGAAAUUGAUUUCUCUCCUCAAUUUCUCACAGCGUCCCGUGUACAUGCUGUACUGCAUCCAGCAAGGUCUAGGCUUCUUUUUGGACAUUCUCGUUGCGGGGAUGGCUGUCAUUUUGGUGGCAACCGUGGUCUUCUUACGAGACAAGUUUAACCCGGGGGACGUUGGUGUUGCCCUGACCAUGGUUAUGACAUUUAAUACCAGUCUAAUGCAGCUUAUAAAGUUCUGGACCAUGAUGGAGACGUCCAUUGGUGCUGUUGCUCGUGUCAAGAGCUAUGUGGCUACUACUGAGCAAGAGGCGUGCGUGUCUCCUCAGCAAGUCCAAUUGCCUGCGCAAUGGCCGACGGACGGAUCUAUUCGGAUUUCGGACCUUACAGCUUCUUACUCCAGAACGCGAUAUCCGUCUGUUUUAAAGAGCAUCUCAAUGACAGUGCAACCCGGUGAGAAGAUUGCGAUCUGUGGCUCAUCUGGUAGUGGAAAAUCGACACUUAUCCUUGCUCUACUGCGGAUGGUAGAAAUCCAAGAAGGGUCAAUGACGAUCGACGGGGUCGAUCUCUCGAAAUGCUCACAGUCUGAACUCCGAGCCCGAAUCAACGUCGUUACCCAAGAUCCGUUUCUUGUCGCCGGCUCAGUGCGUUUCAAUAUUGAUCCGUUUGAGACGAUACCAGAUGACAAGAUCAUCGAGGCACUGCGUCGGUUGGGUCUUUACGAUAGCAUUGAGGAGGGAGGCGGUCUUGAUAUGGAAAUGAACGCCGAUUCAUGGUCUCUGGGACAGCGGCAAUUACUCUGCCUUGCACGUGCGAUGAUACGAAGUGGGAAGGUGCUUAUCCUUGAUGAGGCAACCAGCAGUGUUGACCAUGAAGCCGAGGAAAUGAUGCAGAAGGUCCUGGACACGGAAUUCUCGUCCCACACUGUCCUAUCUGUUCUUCACCGUUUGCGCUAUAUCCAUAGUUAUGACCGUGUCGCUGUGCUUGACGGUGGGGUUUUGGUGGAAUUCGAUACCCCUGCUGCGCUACUUGCUCGUGAUUCACGAUUGGCAGCGCUCUAUCAUUCCGGAAGUCAUUGA